CUGCCCCAGCGCGGCAUGAGCAGACCCGCAGCCGCCGGGGGGCCCCAUGGAGGAGCAGCGGCUGCCGCCGGGCCGCCCGCCAGUGUGCAUGGCCUCGGCAGGCCCGCAGCCCGGCGCCCCCUCCGCGGCAGGCACGCCUGGCGGGGCCUCCUCCGCGGAGACCACAGCGGCCGGGCUGCCCUUCAGCACCGUGGCUACCGUGGUGGCCGCGGAGCUGGGGAACCAGAGCGGCGAGAGCGAAGGCGACAUCACUGGCGCCUCGGCUGGCGGCCUCGGCUGGCACUGGGAGGCGGGGGCGGCGGGGAGGCCGCUGCUGCGCCCCGAGGCGGCGCCGCUGCUAUCGCACGGGGCGGCGGUGGCGGCCCAGGCGCUGGUCCUGCUGCUCAUCUUCCUGCUGUCUAGCCUGGGCAACUGCGCUGUGAUGGGAGUGAUCGUGAAGCACCGGCAGCUCCGCACCGUCACCAACGCCUUCAUCCUGUCCCUGUCCCUGUCGGAUCUGCUCACGGCGCUGCUCUGCCUGCCCGCCGCCUUCCUGGAUCUCUUCACCCCACCCGGGGGCUCAGCGCCCGCCGCCGCCGCCGCCGCCGCGGGACCCUGGCGCGGCUUCUGCACCGCCAGCCGCUUCUUCAGCUCCUGCUUCGGCAUCGUGUCCACACUCAGCGUGGCCCUCAUCUCGCUGGACCGCUACUGCGCCAUCGUGCGGCCGCCCCGCGAGAAGAUCGGUCGCCGCCGCGCGCUGCAGCUGCUGGCGGGCGCCUGGCUGGCGGCCCUGGGCUUCUCCGUGCCCUGGGAGCUGCUCCGUGCGCCCCGGGAGCCCCCGGCGGCACAGAGCUUCCAUGGCUGCCUGUACCGGGCGUCCCCGGACCCUGCGCAGCUCGGCGCGGCCUACAGCGUGGGGCUGGUGGUCGCCUGCUACCUGCUGCCUUUCCUGCUCAUGUGCUUCUGCCACUAUCACAUCUGCAAGGCGGUGCGCCUGUCGGACGUGCGUGUGCGGCCCAUGACCACCUACGCGCGCGUGCUGCGCUUCUUCAGCGAGGUGCGCACGGCCACCACCGUGCUCAUCAUGAUCGUCUUCGUCAUCUGCUGCUGGGGCCCCUCCUGCUUCCUGGUGCUGCUGGCUGCUGCCCGCCAGGCCCAGGCCACGCAGGCCCCCUCGCUCCUCAACGUGGUGGCUGUCUGGCUGACCUGGGCCAAUGGGGCCAUCAACCCCGUCAUCUAUGCCAUUCGCAACCCCAACAUAUCCAUGCUCCUCGGGCGCAGUCGGGAAGAGGGCUAUCGGACUAGGAAUACGGACGCUUCCCUGCCUAACCAGGGCCCGGGCCUGCAGGCAAGAAGGCGCAAUCGCCUUCGAAACCGCUAUGUCAACCAGCUGGGGGCCUGCAGCAGGAUGACCCCUUCCAAUCCGACCAGCGGGGUGGCCGGGGACGUGGCCUUGUGGGCUCACAAAAAUCCAGUUGUACUGUUCUGCCGGGAAGGGCCACCAGAACCUGUGACAGCAUUGGCCAAACAGCCUAAAUCUGAAGCUGGGGAUACCAGCCUCUGA